AUGUCAUCAUUUGCUGCACUCAAUUUGAGUACCAACGAAAAUGCUGAUGAGUCGAAGGACCAUAGUCGAGAAUUGCAGGUUGAAGAGAGUUCGAAAAUAUUUCAAUUGGCGUUAAUUCAAUUGAAGGCAAAACGUUUCGACGAUGCUAAAGAGACAUUUGACAGGUUAUUUGAAAUAGAUGUCAUCAAACCGAAUAAAUGGGGUCUAUACGAGUAUUCUUCACCUACUCUCGAUUCGCUUCGAUACCUUGCGUAUAGAAAUAGGGGAAUACUACACUACCAAUAUGCGAAAGAGAAUUUUAAGCAGAUGGAAUCCGAUGAUGUCGUAGAACACAUACUGAAAACGCUUGAAUGCUUAUUGGAAUCUUUACAACACGGCGAGGCGGAUAAUACGGUUACUCACUUACUUUUGAAGAUUUUUUGGAGUUUCAACAGUACGAAAUUGUCUAGAACCAUUCUAGAAUACGAACUUACUAGAUCCCCAGAGGAGAUACGUCUUCUAUCAUCAUUGAGUGCCAUGUUCAAAGAUCAGAAAAGGGUCUUUAAACAAUAUUCUCAGUUACUUAAAAAAUUGCAUGUUACAUCACUACCACAGAAUAUUCCAACGGCUGUCGAAGCAGUAUUAAAUUGUAUCGAAACAUGUGAUGUAGAAGAAGGACAAAUUGAGCCUUUACUCAAGGAUAUCAAAGCUAUGAAAACUGAAGAUGAUGAAAUACUAAAAGAAUUAGACGGGUCAAAUUUAAACCUCAAUGAAUUAAGCUGGGAAGAGCUGGGUGUAAGCUUAAGGAGCUUGGUUCCGAAAACAAAAGUGGUUAAUAUUCUCGGAAGAAAAUCAGAUACUUACAGUGAUCUUGAGGCACCCAUCGAAUAUGUUUCUUUCACAACCGACGAAUUUAUGGAAAAGCUCAGUGAUUCAUCAAAUGAAUCUCCUGGGCAUUCUCCUGAGCAUUUUGAGGAUGCUGUAAGUGUGAUGCCUGAGACGAACAAUAUAGAGGUGUCAGUUGAAAGAGAACCUUCCGCGAAAAGGCAAGAUUCAACCGACAGGCCAGCACAGAGAUCUAGUAAGAGGUUUAAAGAGAGAGAAAAAGUCCAAGAACCCGACGUUGAACAACAGGUGGAAUUUCAUACUUACAUUAUAAAUGAAAUAAAUCAAUCGUUACAUGUUUCAGGAAUUGAGAAAGAUAUUUCGAUCGAAGAACUUGAUCCAAACAACGUAGCAAAGAGGCAAGAAUUAUGCAUGUCAGACUUUUACGACUGCCUAACGUCAUGGACAAAUAAACACACGGAAUUUCUCAAGCAAGGUCAGGAAAAUUUUUCAGUCAAAGGAUCAACGGAUGAUUUUACUCAGCUAACAAUGCUUUUGCGAAGCAGUAUGUUUUCUGGUGAUGUAGAGCCAACAGAUUCCCUCUCGGAAAUAGAGGCUGAGGACGUUAGGCGUUUCAUACGGGAUGUCAAUGAUAAGAAACUUCAUUUUCAUGCUGUACGUUUCCUUUUCAUCAAAGAAUUACUAAAACUGAGAGAAGACGGCACUUGUUUAGUUACAGAUUAUUUUUGGAGUCCAGCAUUGUAUGAGGUGGUGGAAUUUUUCUCAAUGGCCAUAGAAGUGAAUCUCUAUCAAAUGAUAGAACCAUCUACGGAUGAAUCAACUGUUUCAAUAGCUGUAUCAAUUUUUGAAAUCAUGACAAAUAUGAUGGGAAAUAUCUGUAACGAUCUUGCUAAUAAAAAGGCGCAGGGGCAAAAAUACAAUGAACUUGAAUCGCAACGUAAUAAAUUACAGAGAAAGAUAGUUAGAUGGUAUGAAAUGCUGCUAUCAAAACCUCUUUCUACGAAGUUAAAAUUCAGGUUUCAAUGGUCACAUUUUUCUUGUUUACAGUGUACCACUGAUGUCACGAACAGUACUCUCAUAACGACCAUCGAAGACAUUGAAAACAGCCUUAAAGAAUUUCCAGAUUUUGGUACCGUAGCGUACAGUAACUACAAUAACAUAUCAUCACUAAGCUUAAAGACAGUUCAGAGUCAAUUUUCUAAAAUCAAGAUGUUACGCCGAUUUACUAUUGUAGAUAUCGAAAAUGAAGAUGAAGAUAAUACGCACAAAGACUAUAUCGAGCACUUGUACUGCAUAUUAAACCAAAUACCUUGUGAGGGAACAGAUUUCCAAUCAUUGUUAAGCUUUGUGAAUACUUCACCAUUCCUAAUGAAACUUAAACUUUGGAAGCUGCUUCUCAACUAUUUCGCCAGUAGAAAAGACCAACUUAGGUUCCAAAACUGUUUUUUCAGUUCGAUCAAGUUUUUACUAGCUAGAUUGUCCUCUGAAGAGUAUCAAAUACAAUCACAACUUCAACGCCAGCAAACCCUUCUUUCUACGUUAACACACAUCGGGGAGUUUUCAAAACGGUUCUUUCAAGUUCUAUGUGAUAACUGGGAUAUGUCAUUAAAGAAUCCUAGCAGAGACCAGCUACAGGUUUUAGUCUCAAUUUUCAGGCUUCUAUACCCUUUAGUUUUCUAUGAAACGUUGACAGAAAAGAACGCAUCAUUGAAAUCCUUCUUCAAGAAGGCAGUUAAAUCUUCUAUCACGAUACAGGAUAUCUUCUUGACAGUGGCAUCGCUCAUGAUCUUAUGCCACAAAUUCAUUACAUUAGAGAAAGAAAACGCAAAAGAAGAAUUCACUGGUAGCAUUAUUGACUUAAUAUCAGCUUUACAUAUGCUUGCUGGCAAGUUUGAGUUUUGUGAUAGAUUUGAUGGAAACUUCUUAAAAGUACAAGAAAAGCUCUUAUGCGAAUUUUCCAACGAUUCUGCUUUUACACACUUGAAACGCGAAUUAUGGUGUCGUUAUCAUAUAUCCAUUGGCUUAGAUAAUCCAGAAGAUCAACAUCAAACGCAUGCACAGCCAAUGGUCAAAGCGAAUGCUAUAAUGCUUUCAAAUUACUUCAUCAAAUUCCAAUACCAGGAUAGGAAUAUUCUAGUUCUGAGCAAUAACAGGUCAAACUUUAAGCAGUUCUUUGAAACGGUUAUGGAGUUAAUCGGCGAUAUAGAUUACGAAGCAAAUCACGUCCUAUCUCGAAAUGAAUACUUUUUCAAUCAGUAUUUCACUGCUCCAAUAACGCUAAAGACCAUACGUGAUGCUUAUGCAGGCGAAUUUGAAAUAGAAUUCACCAGUCCCAACGAUGAUUUACAAUCCGGUGUUGAUGGUGGAUUGUUUUACGUGUCAGCAGUUCACGCCUUGAACCAAUAUAAGGCGAGAAAAAAGUCUAUGCAAGCUCGUCCUUCGGAACUCGAUGCCAUUAUCUCUACACUAACAACUGAUAUUUUAUAUAAUACGAAAAGGUUUGAGAGUUGGUACUUAUUAGGAAAGUGUUAUUCAUUCGUUGUCGAAGACGAUUUAACAUGGACCUCCGACAAACUUGCAUCCAGGGAUAAGAAACAGGCAACAGCAUUUGCAGAAAAAAAGGCUAUCUUAUGCUAUUUGAUGGCGCUUAGUCUCUACCUUUCAACCUUCAAAGAGACAACAUCCGAACAAAUGAAAAAUGACAAUAAAAUCGUAUUCAGAAACCUUUUAGAAUCCCUUGGCAAGGAGAUGCUUCAGGCAUACGUAAAACCAAUGAGUUCUAUGAGCUAUACAUGGAAACUGAAACCCGUACUAGUAUUAAAAGCAGAUGGCAGCCUUGAAAACCUACCGAUUAGCUACAAGCCCAGUAUUUCUGAAACAAAUAUCCUCAGAUGCAUACUGAUGAUCCUCGCGAAGGCGGAUACGCUAUAUAAUAAAGAUGAGGAAAGGAAUUGGAUGAAUCCGUUCUAUAUUUCGAAAGUCCAUUUCAAAACUGAUAGGAAACUUUUUAAGGAAAGUGGCAUAUGCCUUUUACAAGAUUCCUGUAGACUUGCGUUGCUCCAAUCAUCUGUCUCGGGUAGCGAUAAUAUUUUAGAAGCACAUUACGCAUUGGUUAGUUACUGCUAUAAAUGCUUCAAGGAUAGAACAUUCUCUCUUGCAGAAGCAAUUUCUCACUUGAGAGAGGAUAAUGGUUUCUUUGGGCUUCCUGAAGAAGAAUGGCAAGUAGAGGAUGAUAAAUCAUUCUUCAACUUGAUAAUCAGACUUCUAAAAUACAUUUUGUCAAAAGAUAAACAAAAGUGGCAACAUAGACCAAUUUACAGAAUUGCUCAGAUCAAAUACACUGAAUUUGAAGAUACGGAUGGGGCUAUGAAGGAGAUGAAUAAAUUGCUAGCUCUGAAAUCUGUAAACAAAAAUGUUGUCAACAUUUGGAAACCAGAGAACGAACUUCCGGGUAAACAUUUCGUGUAUGCCUACCAAUACGUGUUAUUUUAUAUGGAUCUUCUUAAUGAGAAGCAUGACUUCAUGGCUAUCGGAGGCAUGGUAAAAAAACUAAGAAGGUUUGGGUCUGGGAUGAUCAACUCACAAGAUGCCAUUAAUAAAGCUGUGGAACUUUUUGUAAAUGGUGCAAAAGUCAAGUUAUCUUUAAAUGAAAAGGAACAUGGAGAAUUGUUAAUGCAGCGCAUUCCUUUCCCAGAAUUUGUCGAAUUGAGUGAAGAGCUAUUUAAUGCUUUCAAAAAGGGUGAUUAUCAAUCAGAUGUAUUGGAUGUCUUCUUACUUGCAUACAACCUCAAAAAAGGUACAAACUCAAUACAAUUUGACGGUGUUUGCAUUACAAUAUACUUCAAAUAUUUCUACUGUCCAUUCGUAGAAAACAAGAAGCAAUCUACUCCAUAUCCUGCACCAAUAAUCGAAGGAAUCAGUGGACCUCAGCCAGAAAAUUCACCAUCUCAACAACUACCUCAAUCUCAGUCGCAGCCUCAGUUGCCCAGGUCACCUUCACCAAAUACCGCGAACAAUAAAGAAAAAACAGCAAAGACUCCAGUAAAAAACCCGACUAGCAUCCGUAAAAGGGUCAGCAAGAGAGAUGUCUUUGAUAGAGUUGUGAAAUUAAUAGAGAAAAGGCUCUCGUGA